UUCCCCGGGGCCAGUCUUCAUGUUUCGGCUAAAAACCAGGAAUACUCCGAUACACACAAAGCACUGUGUGUGCUCAUUUGCUUUGAUUUUUUAUUUUAUUUUUAAUUUUUAUUUAUUUAUUUUGUGUGUAUGUGUCAAAGACGCGUGUAGACUGCGAUACUAACUGCUCAUUAGUUCCAAGGGGAAGGGAGAUAACUGUCAAAAUUUGUGUGUACACAUGGGAAGCUAACAGCAAAGUCUCGUUUCAAAUACUUAAUUAAACAGUAUUAUCAUGUAGCAGUGUAUGUUUGUAUGCGGUAUGACUCGGGUGCAUGUGGUUAUUUUCUUACAUUUCAUAUUUUAGUCACAGUAUCAUAAAACAUAUAUCCUCUUCAAUAAACAAUUUACUGAUCUCCGAUCUUGUAAGGAGACAAUAGUCCGUAAUAGAGGACGAGAGACACCAAUGAAUUCUCAGACUUCAGGAACAUCAGACGGCCGUCCACAUGGCGAGAGACUUUGUGUGAGGAGAUAAGUGGCAAGUGUGUGUUAGACAAGUAUAGAGUUGUGUGUAGUAGUUAAGGUCGUGACUCAUGACACCUGAACUAGGUAGAGAGAAGUUAGCGGAACACCUAAACAACAGCCAUGUUUGGAAUUGAAGCACUGUAUCAUUUGUAAAUUGAUUUGUCGAACUUUCAAAUAUUAAUAACUUCUUUAUUACACUAAAUUGCCUUGUGUUUGUUAUUGGGGAUGUGCGCUGGGGGCUCAGAGCCAAUCAAAGCAUCACUUUCAAUUUAGUGUAAGUGAGCACGUACGGUAAAUGUUGUUAGAGGUGUCGAGAGUGUGAUUAGCCCGACACAAUAGUAAUCGCAACCUCUGACCAUCUUCGCGUGGUCAUUGCCCGGAGUUCACGACAACCACUCUGGUUUGAGACAGUUAAGUGUUGGCUUUUUUUUUUUUUUUUUUUUUUUUUUUUUUCAUUUACAUCUCAGUAGAUUCACAGGAAAUGCACAUGUGCGACUUCUAUUUGAGUGUGAGUGUGUGGAAGAGAUAUCUUCUGUUAUCGAAAUGAGGCACUCUUCACCCAGCGACUGCCACUCCUCCAAUGUUGCUCCCGCGCGACAUGACAGCAAUCUGAGGGAUCAGCAGAUAAACUCUGAAGCAAAAAAGAUAAUCGAACCGGGUUCAUACACGUUUUCUAGUUAGUCUCCAGUAGCAACACAACUUUGACCUUUGUAGUCCAGGUUUUCUACCUGGAUGUUACAAAUUAUUAAUUUCGAGUAUGUUUAAUACCUGUGAAGCCUUGUACGAUUUGAUUGGCCCCACACCUGUGCUGGACGCGUACCUGCACCUGACUGAACAACUCCUUGCCUUACAUUAGCAGGUGCAACAAGUGCAGCAUAGCCGGUCAACAUGCAGACCUCAACUUAUCAUGUCAAAAAGCCAAGUUUUACCCGGCUUGAUGUAUUUGCUGCACACAUUACCGGAGAAUCUAAGAAUCAUCGGCUUAUUGGUAAACGCUCACAAAAUAUGAUAAAGCAUCUGCGUGCAUUGACAUUUGGCCUCUUUGCUGGCACCUGUGUUGGUCUGAUGUACAUGACAGGAAUUGUUGAUUGGGGUUGGAGCUUUUUCGAUAGACCUGACCCGAGGUAUCCCUGUGUCAACAAGAGUGAGCAAGAUGACCUCGGUUCAACUUAUUUUGUGCCGCAGUCCAUUGUUUUGAAUCAACAUAUUCCACUCUGGCAGAGACACCAGACAAGCCAGGGUGUCCUGGGGUACCCAGUCCCACUCAACAGGUCGCAGCAAGGAGACAAUAACAAAACACUUGAUGAAGUGCAAACAUUCGACCACUGGCCAAAAUUCUCCAAGAAUUACUAUAAAAACCCGAUUCCAGUGAGUCCAUUUUAUCCCAAUCACACCAUCCGGUGGAAGUUUGAUUCUAGUCAGCUUCUCAAACGACCUGAUGUUACGAGUCAGCCGCCGAAAAUCAUCACCUGGAUGACAAAGCCCCGCCAUAUUCCAGAUCUUCCGGAAGCUGUGCGCCUGCGCGUGUGUCCGGAAAUGCCUUGUCGUGUGACUACCAAUACUUCAUUCCGGGAGCAAAGCUCGGCCCUCGUGUGGUCUGUGGAACACAUGUCGGAAACACAGCCACCACCGAGAUCGCAUCCCGAUCAGGUUUUUGUGUUUCACAAUCUGGAACCCCCGAAGGGAAAAUGGGUGUGUCCCUCCACGUAUCGCCUGGACUCCUGGAGGUCAGUCUUCAACUGGACCAUGAACUACAGGUUUGACGCCGACAUUCUCAGUCUCCAUGGCCUGGUGGUCAAGCGAAGACGUCCAGUCAAGCGGAACUACACGGACAUCCUGGCCAGGAAGACCAAGUUCGCUGCCUGGGCUGUCAGCAGUGACAUAAAUCAAAGCAGACGGAAAGAGUUCGCCGCCAUGCUCCAAAAGUACAUCCCCAUCGACAUCUUCGGGACAGAUUCUGGACGUAGAUGUCCUCGAAACCAAGAUGACCUCUGUUUUCAGACAUUCAGCAGGGACUACAAGUUCUACUUGGCUUUUGAAAACUCCUUCUGUAAGGACUACAUUUCGGAGAAAUUCUUCCGCUAUCUGAACUUAGACGCGGUGCUGGUUGCACGAGGCAGCAACGAAUACAAAUUCCACGCGCCGCCUGGCAUCUUCAUCAACACCGCGGACUUUGCAACAGUCAAAGACCUCGCCGACUACCUUCUGUACCUCGACAAACACCCCAACGACUACAUCGAGAUUCUCAAAGCCAAGGACAAGUAUGAGGUCUUGUUCGAGGACUACCCGUUGCGUAGAGAUGACGGGCGAGUGUUCUUCAUGCAUUACCAGUACGAGGCCACAGCUUUCUGUGAGAUGUGUCGCCGUCUGUGGAACCUGGACUCCUACAGACAGACCAUUCCGGAUGCAGGAAAGUGGUUUGACAAAGAGCUGUGCUACAAAGCCACAGAUUUACAGUAAAAAAUUUAGUUCUGUCGUAUUAUUUAUUGGGAUGUUUUUUUACCAUCAUCAUCAUAACCCUCAUCCUCGUCUUCGUAGGCGGGGCAGAGGGCAGCCAAAGCGACUUCAGCGUCUCUAAGGCCGACUUCACUUGUACCUCGAGACCGAGUCUCAAACCAAGAGGCCAAGACUUGGGAGGAAGGACCCUUGGGUUAGAGAACUUUGAGCUAGGGGGCAAGUCAGUGACAAAGAACUGUCAAGACUGCCGGCGGUCGCCGUCGAAUGCAAAGAGCUAGCAGGACUUGCACUGCCUGUGAGAGGACUUGCACUACCUGUGAGAGGACAUGCAGUACCUGUGAGAGGACUUGCACUACCUGUGAGAGGACUUGCACUACCAGUGAGAGGACUUGCACUACCUGUGAGAGGACUUGCACUACCUGUGAGAGGACUUGCACUACAGGUGAGAGGACUUGCACUACCUGUGAGAGGUAGACGUUCGACGCCAAGGCCAGCAGUCAUCGUUCUCAAAGGAAGAGAAUGUCUUCUGGGAUCGCCGCAAUCCAAAGAACCGGAGUAUUUUGCAUGAAGGUGAUGUAGGUGGUGUAUCAGUCGUCGACGACACCACGUUUACGCUCAUUAAAUCUUUUUAUACACCACAUGUCGAGUUUUGUGUUCGGGGAACAGCAGGAGAGGGUCACGUGAGUCACGUGGUAAACUGUGUGAUCAACGUGUGAGUAUUGUAUGUAUGGUUCCCCUUCACCUUUAUGUUGACGUGAGUAGUGAUAAGGGAGGUUAACUCUCGCCCACGUUUCCAGUUCACGGGGCCAGUCUUCAUGUUUCGGCAAAAACCAGGAAUACUCCAAUACACACAAAGCACUGUGUGUGCUCAUUUGCUUUGAUUUUUAUUUUAUUUUUUAUUUUUAUUUAUUUAUUUUAUGUGUAUGUGUCAAAGAGGCUUGAAGACUGCGAUACUAACUGCUCAUUAGUUCCAAGGGAAAGGGAGAUAACUGUCAAAAUUUGUGUGUACACAUGGGAAGCUAGCAGCAAGGUCUCGUUUCAAAUACUUAAUUAAACAAUGAGCCAACAUCUUAAUCUUCUUUAACAAUUCCCUCACACAUGUUGAGAAAUUACUAUGUCAUUAUCAGAAACAGGUAACUAAGUUACCUAACCUUACCACAAUAACUUAACUAUUAUUUUGUCAUCACACUCUCUUUCCCCUUCUUAUUGCUUCCCUCGCCUCCCCCUUGCUGAUUUCUUUGCUAAGGCAUCUCUAACUUUCAUAUUAUUUAGUACAUCUUUCAAAUCUUUACUUACUCAAGAUUUGUUGUUUGGAAAUAUUAUAAUUAGUUACUUGGUAUCACUGAAUUAAUACAGAAAUGUAAAAAGAAACAUCUGUUAACUCAUAAUAGCAUUCUACAAAACACCUCGCAAACAUUUAAUACUUAAGAACACAUCAACAAGAAUACAUUCAACUUAACAGCAGGCUCCAUACAUUGACUGGUGCCAGAUACAUGCAAUGGUGGUGAGAAGAUGGCACAGGCUGGGCUUUGUCCAGUCUAUGUGUCACAUCAGCUAUAACACUUCUUACAGACAAAGCACUCACUUUGGGGUGAACAUAAAAUUUUUGUAAAGAACAGCUGGAGAAAUCCUAAUGGAAGAUAAAAAUUUUAUUUUCGUUAGCAAACAUGCAUACACCCACUCCGAUAAAUUUACCGACGAUGGCUGCUGCGUUUAUCUGUCAUCAUGGUCAUUUAAGGUGCAAGUCCAAGUUUGUUGACAAUCAUUUCAAACAUUGUCACUAACAAUGAGAAAAGUAUUUUCACAUAGUGUAAACAAUACAAUCUACAAAACCGAAUUGCGUGCCUUGAGAAAUGGCCAACGAACUUUAUUUAUUUUUACUGGUAUUAGUGACUCGUCGAGUAGGGAUAAGAGUAGAGGUUUAAUGAAGGAAAUAGGAAAGUUCGGGUGAGAGGUAGUGUCGUGAAGGUGUGUGGUGAUGGUGAUGGUAAUAAAGGCGGGUAAUAAGGAAACAAUGGAAUUGACUUUGUUCUAGCUUUGUUGUGAGUUUAUUGGUGUGGAAGAAUGUCAUAACCGAAUAAAACUGGUUCUCAUCAUCGC